AUCUUUUUUUUUAAUGUGAGGCUGCUAGAUUCGAAUCUUUACUUUUUCCUCUCACGAGCUUCUCGUCGGACCUUCUCCUUCUACCUCUUUCUCGUAGCCUCCGACGCUGAAACGAAUCGUUUAAAACUCGUAACUCAACAGACAACAACAAGAAGCAGGUUCCAUUAUCUCGCGCUGUUUUGUUUCGUCCUGAGGUUGUCUUUGUCCUCUCCUGCAUUUUCGGGGAAUUAGAGAAUGGCUGGUUCAUCAUCAUCAUCAUCGAAGAGAUUUCCUCUUUAUGCUAAAGAUUACGAGUUGUUUGAAGAGGUAGGUGAAGGUGUUAGUGCUACUGUGUACAGAGCUCGUUGCAUUGCUCUCAACGAGAUUGUUGCUGUUAAGAUUUUGGAUCUCGAAAAAUGCAGGAACGAUUUGGAAACAAUACGCAAAGAAGUUCAUAUAAUGAACUUGAUUGAUCAUCCGAAUUUAUUGAGAGCACAUUGUUCGUUUAUAGACAGUAGUAGUCUGUGGAUUGUGAUGCCUUAUAUGUCUGGUGGUUCUUGUUUUCAUUUAAUGAAAUCGGUUUUUCCGGAUGGUCUUGAGCAACCUAUUAUUGCUACUCUGUUGAGGGAAGUGCUUAAAGCUCUUGUUUAUCUCCAUCGACAAGGUCAUAUCCACAGAGAUGUUAAGGCUGGGAACAUAUUGAUUCACUCAAGAGGUGUUGUGAAACUUGGAGACUUUGGAGUUUCAGCUUGUAUGUUUGAAAGUGGGGAAAGGAUGCGUCCAAGGAAUACAUUUGUUGGAACUCCUUGUUGGAUGGCACCUGAGGUUAUGCAGCAAGUAGACGGAUAUGAUUUCAAAGCAGACAUAUGGUCGUUUGGCAUAACUGCGCUGGAGCUUGCUCAUGGUCAUGCUCCAUUUUCUAAAUAUCCACCUAUGAAGGUGUUAUUAAUGACUUUACAAAAUGCUCCUCCUCGCCUUGACUAUGAAAGAGAUAAGAAAUUCUCAAAGUCAUUUAGAGAGUUAAUCGCAGCUUGCUUAGUUAAAGAUCCAAAAAAGCGUCCAACCUCAGCAAAACUUCUGAAACACCCUUUCUUCAAACAUGCUCGGUCUACAGAUUAUUUGUCUCGUAAAAUCCUUCAUGGUCUUUCUCCACUUGGUGAACGUUUUCAAAACCUGAAGGAGGCAGAGGCUGAGUUGUUUAAAGGCAUAAAUGGUGACAAAGAACAGUUAUCUCAGCAUGAGUAUAUGCGAGGGAUUAGUGCUUGGAAUUUUGAUCUCGAAGACUUGAGGAGGCAAGCAUCACUUAUUUCAAAUGAUGAAAUGUGCAAUUCAGAGAUUCAGGAACUGAACGAAAAUGGGGAAGUUGAACUUGAUGUACCAAAAAGAAACACAGUGGUACAAAGGUCACAGACUUCUUCAGAAUGUCACUCAGAAAAGGAUAUGAUGAGUGAAAGUGAGAGUCAAUCAACCAGCCCAUUACUUCCGACUCUUGGGGAAGGAACUGAAGAGAAGCUCGUUCCUGAAGAGCCACAUCUACUAGAACCAUUAGCGGAUACAAAGCAAGUGAACAAAGCAGGACAUGAGCCGGAGAAACCAAAAAAUGGCUACACAGUUAGUCCUGUGAACCAAACAUCUUGCGCAGCAACGGAAAUCCUCCCACUGUUACAGAGUCUCCUGGUUCAGAAUGACAUUCAGAGGGCAAAAGUAAUCAGACUAAUUAGAUUAUUUGAUGGAAGUGCAGCAGAAACCGGAAGGAGUCAUAUCCCGAAAGUGGAAGGAGUGCAGAUAUAUCCAUCAAAGGAGAAAGAUCUGCAAUCUCAUGUUCAGUUUUUGGAGCAAAGUGUUGAUAAGCUUGUAGAUGAAGUUCAGAGAAGAAAAGACAUAAAUAGUCAGCUAGAACAACAAAUCAACUCUCUAAUAAACAGCAACAACAUUCCUUAAAGCUUAAUGGAGAGAAGAUGAUUCUUUAAUGUAAUUCAAUAUUUAUAUAUAAUAAUUCGCACAAAUUAACUCUUUUUCAGGUUUUUUACAUAAAUAAAAUCUAUAUUAGUUCAUCCCUCUUAAAUGUCAUAUCAGAGACCAAGAAGCAACGGAAGUGACACAAUAGGCAUAUCGGGGAUUUUUACCAAGUGUCUUUGUAUUACUAAUUGUCAAAUCUGGUUGAUCACAAGCUAACGAGUAAAAAACAAACAAGAAAAGGUAAAAAACAAAGAAAGUGUGUUUUUCAUUACUGCAAUCUAUAUAUCUUCUUCUAUAUACUACUAAUGUGUGAAUGUGUUGUUUCUUGUUGUUUCGAACCUACUCCAUUAUGUCCUCAGCUCCUGUUAAACUUUGGCUACUUGUGGUAAAAUCUGUAAACGUCAAUUUCUUCUCUGCCAAGGACAAAAAAAGUGGGAUCAA